AUAGAUAUUAUAGGAUAGCGGAACAGAAAGCCAAAAAUCAUUUCAUAUUUUCAUUGCUAACUGUUGGAAGUGUGUGAAUAUAUCAUGGCAUUUCCAAGUUCACUCGAGAAUUUAGAACUUCAGCUCUCAGAAAUUGAACUCCUUGAUAGCAUGUUUCCUGGAGAUGGAGAGUUUUGUCUCGAUGACCCGAGCGUUCUUUCGGACUUGCGGACAGUCGUCGAUGAAGCCGCCGAGUGUAGCGGCAUAGCUGAUCAAAGAAUUUCUGGAACUUGCUCAGAGAAAGGGACCGGCAGCACAGCCCCGAGUUCAACAAGCCAAUUGAAGGGAAUUAAGCAGUUGUCAUUUUCUAUAAAGAUAUGUAUCAGUGACCAUCAAAACGUUAUUCCAAAUGUUGAUCUGGAUCUUCAGUGCUCUCUUCCAUUAGACUAUCCCAAUGCUCUACCAGAACUCAACGUCCAAUCAAAUAUCCUGUCAAGACAACAAUACAGGAUGCUCAAUGAUGAUCUAUUGGAGCAUAUAGAGAGUUUAGAUAGAGGAGAACUGUGCAUCACAGAAGCUGUUCAGUGGCUCAAGGAGAACGCUUCUAGUUUCCUGGAUACCUCAGAGGUUUCUAGCCAAGGGAAUCCAAAAGAACAAAGCAAGAAGAAACAGCAGCCUCAGUCCUUUACUCGCCUUUGGAUACAUAGCCAUCAUAUAUACAGCCGAUCAAAACGGGAGGAUAUCUUUGCUUGGUCCAAAGAGAGAGGUCUCACAGGGUUUAGUCUUCCUGGAAAACCAGGCAUCAUUUGUGUCGAAGGACCACAAGGGGAAGUGGAUGAAUUCUGGCACAAGCUCAGGAGAUUAAACUGGAAAAAGCUGACCAGCAAACAUAGAGAAGAUUUUGCCCUUGAUGCCAAUGACAAAGAACUCUUCAGCACAAAUUUCAGUUGUUUGAGGCAUUUUUCAGAUUUUCAGGAGAUUAAUUUUGAUGUUAGGGGCUCACGAGAUUACCAUAUGGACUUAGGUCAGUUUUACCAAUAUCUCGAAAAACAUGACUGUGCUAAUGUAUUCAAGAUUUUAUUAGGAGUGGAUGGAAGAGUUUCUCAAAAGGAUACAGUUUGAAACAUUUCUGGACUUUUAGUUUUUAUUUACUCUUAAUGAUGCAAUAUGAUGAUUGGUAAGUUUCUAUACAAUAGUUGCAAUUUUUGAAUUUUGGAAAUUGUCCAUAUACUCAUUCUGAAUACAUUUCUAACAUCAUUAUUGCAUUACAUGUACUUGUAAUGUUAUUCCUGAAACACAGGAGUAUUUCCUAUUUGUCAGAAUGAGUCACUUUCUUACUCCAGAGUCAUUGCUUUGAUAUUGCAAAUUUAAUUUGCAAGAAUUAUUUUGUGUAAUUAUCAAGUUUAAAGGUUCUAUAACAUUACAAUUCUACCUUUAAUAGCUUUUGUUUUUGAUAUCCAUCUUCAACUCAAAAGGUAUAUAAAGGGAUUGACACUGGAAAAUAUCUAUUUUUACUAUAUAUUGCUGAAAAGGAUAUAGUGAAAAGGAUCUUAAAACUUCCCUCCAACUCAGUGGCAAAAUUAGAGUGACGUUAAUAAAUUUCGAGGUCUCAAUUUACAUUCUAAUUUCUAUUUCUUUCCUCAAAUUAGCAUGGGGGAGGGGCACUGCAUUGUUAGUGAACAAUGCUGGGCCCCCCAAAGCUUUGUCUCCUCCGGGUGACGGUCUGCUACUGGUUGCUGCAAAGUGACAGAUUUAGUAGUAAAACUCCCAAUAUGUACACAAUGUUUCAUGCACUGUUUUAUUUAUUUAUUUCAUGCAAUGUAUCUUCUUUAAAAAUUCCAAAUAUGCUGCAUGCAGUUUUGUGAACUCAAUAGAUGUUAUAUCAAAUACAUCCAUGACAUACCUCAAGCUAAGAAGAGGACAAGCUAGGGAAAAUAUAAAUUUUGUGUCACAAAAAUGCCACUUUGAAGCAACAUUGCAACUUUGAGGAUUGCCUCAAACAAGGACAAGCUAGGGAAAAUAUAAAUUUUGUGUCACAAAAAUGCCACUUUGAAGCAACAUUGCAACUUUGAGGAUUGCCAUAGAAACUAAACCUAAACUUUCUGUACUUUCAUAACUUCCUAAUUUUGUUUGAUGAUUCCUCUCUAUCCUCAAUUUUCAUUACAAUUUUCCAUAAGGUCUCAUUCCAUAUGAGUCAGAAAAUGCCAAUGUAUCUAUUAUUCUUCAACAACUUUAUUGGAAAAUCUGAUGAUUAAACAGUUAAAGAUCAUUUAAAAAAAGAAAUGGGAAAAAUUGUGAACAAUAAAUUUGGAUCCAAGUUGUGUUGUCAGUUCAUCUCAGUCUUUUUUCAAAACAUAAGGUAGGGAUUGUCAGAAAGCCUUGAUACAUACUGGACAUAACUGUUAACAGUUAUGAAAAAACUAGAAAAAUUACAUUCUCUUUAUGAAAUAUAAUUUUCCAAUGAAUACUAUAUCCAUAAUCCAUGUAUUUUUUUUAGAAAUUUACCCGAGAUACAUGCACAUGUACGGUUUUCUUUACAGUGAAGAGAAUAAUUUUAGGAAACGUUGAUUCUCCACACAUGCUUCUCCACACAUUUCUCGUAUUUUUUAAAACAAUCACAUGCAAAGUUGAAUAAAGAAUUAUAAA